CAUGAUCGGAUCUUAUUGGAUCUAGUAAAUCAUGUGUUGGUCAUAUGGAGGAUCAAUUGUAAUUAUUAUUUAACAAACAUAUAUGCUUAUUUACCCAUAUACUGUAUGCAAUUUAUCAAGAAGCAACAGCAGGCAGAAUUGUAACAGAAAUAAUGUGCUAGGUUUCAUAAUUAGUUUUCUGUUGCAGGACUACAAGAUGGAGAUGCUAGUGGCAGGUCAAAGCAAAGCAGAAGUGAAAAGAAGAGCCGCAAAGCAAUGUUGAAGCUUGGAAUGAAACCUAUCCCUGGUGUUAGUCGUGUUACCGUGAAGAAGAGCAAGAAUAUUCUGUUUGUCAUUUCAAAACCCGAUGUUUUCAAGAGCCCAACAUCAGACACAUACGUUAUAUUUGGAGAGGCGAAGAUUGAAGACUUGAGCUCACAACUGCAGUCUCAGGCAGCAGAGCAGUUCAAGGCUCCUGAUCUCAGUCAUGUGAUCUCCAAGCCCGAAUCUUCUGCCAUGGCUCAAGAUGAUGAAGAUGUGGAUGAGACAGGGGUCGAACCUAAGGACAUUGAGUUGGUGAUGACCCAGGCUGGAGUUUCUCGGUCAAAGGCCGUUAAGGCGCUCAAAGCUGCAGAUGGGGAUAUAGUUUCCGCCAUCAUGGAGCUAACCAACUAA